GAAACACACACGCACACAAAUUAAAACAUACGCUGGAUUAAAAAUAAACAUUUAAAUAAUAAUAAUAACGGUUGUUAAUAUCCCGGUUAUAGAACAUACAGUGUGCAUUUAUUGCUCACAAGAUUAUUUGCACCACAUAAAUCGUAUUGAACUUUGAUACGACUCCGCCUUUUAUGCUUUUGACACACAUAUGAUCCUGUUCUGCUGGUUCGGUUAUAGCACUGAUUUUUGACAGUUGAUCGGUUCAGCUGCAUACUUCUGUGCAUUUUAAUCUUCCACAGCUUUCCUCAAAUGAAUCUUUAUGCCAAGUUGUUGCUGGGCAGCAUAUGCGUUGCUUUCAUUGCGCUUCGAUGGAGUGCUCCGUCAUUUAAUAAGGAGUCCUUGAAAGGUGCCAGAGUGCUGGUGACUGGUGCCAGUACUGGCAUCGGCGAGCAGUUGGCGUACCACUAUGCCCGUUUAGGAGCCCAACUCGUUAUCACGGCGAGGAGAGAAAAUGUCCUAAAACAAGUUGUGAGUAAGUGCUUGGAAAUGGGGGCUCAACGGGCCUUGUUCAUCCCUGCGGACAUGGCGAGCGCCUCCGAUGCUGAAAGCGUGGUGCAGUAUGCCAUCGAACAGCUUGGGGGUCUGGAUUACCUGGUUCUGAACCACAUCGGGCCCAGUCCAUACAGAAUGUGGGAUGGAGACGUGGAGCACACACGAUGGCUGCUAGAGGUGAAUUUUCUUAGUUAUGCACAGAUGACUCAGAAAGCUUUGCCUACUCUUGAAAAGAGUAACGGAUCAAUAGUUGUUGUUUCUUCCCUACUAGGAAAAAUAUGCGGCCCCUUUGCUUUGCCGUAUGCCGCAACAAAGUUUGCAGUCAACGGUUUCUUUGGAGGCCUGCAGCAUGAGCUAGCUAUGCAAAAAAGCAAUGUGUCCAUAACCAUCUGCACACUCGGCCUGAUCGACACAGAUAGCGCCAUGGAGAAAAUCAAAGGUUACAUCAAUAUGACUGCCUACCCUGCACAAGAGGCCGCCUGGAACAUUAUCGAAGCUGGAGCGUCUCGACAAUCUGAGACCUUUUACCCUUGGUACACCUUCUACGCCUGUCUCUUCAGAGACUGGUUCCCCUACUUUAGGGAUCAAGCGAUUCAAAACUCCUACACAUAUAAUCCACAAGUUAAUGAGGACCCAGUUACUGGAAGCUGACAGAUUCAUCGAAAUCUAUGUGUGGAGCAGAGCAUUAGCCAUUAACGCAUGUGCUUUGACACACACCAAGCCAAUGGUGCUCAUGAGGGUGAUCAUUUCUUCUCCCUGUUGUUAAAGAUCAAAAAUAAAGCUUUAUGAUGAAAUAACAUUUAA